AUGGAAGACUCGAAUCCUGCCUCAUCACCCGUCGAACCAAAUGUGAAGUUGGAGAAGCAUGGAGAGGAAGAAAAAGUUGAUGCAACUUUGUUCAAACAAAUUAUUGGAUCUCUGAGGUAUGUGUGCAACAGUCGACCUGAUAUAGGAUUUGCUGUUGGAUUAUUAAGCAGAUAUAUGAGUGAACUAAGGGUGUUACACAUGAAGGUUGCAAGAAGAAUCCUGAGAUAUUUGAAAGGAUCAAUAAACUAUGGAAUACUAUUUCGACAAGACUCUGAAGGAAAAGAAGCAAUAGUAAAUUGUUUUUCAUAUGCUGAUUGGUGUGGAUAUAAGGAAGAUCAAAGAAGCACAACUGGAUACUUGUUUCUAGUAUUUGGUGCCCCAAUCUCAUGGUGUUCGAAGAAAUAA